AUGUCCUAUGAUAUUGCAGAAACUCAGAUUGGAGGUCUGUAUUGGGCAGGUUCUCAUGAUACUCUUCCUGCUGCUGCUGUAAAGCAACCAAUCAGGAUGGCUCUUUCUGGUCUGCCAGGGUGGGCUGGACUCCUAAACUCCUCCCUCAUUCAUGAGCACAAUAACAGGAGCCUGUUCCUGCAGGAUGGGCCCUGCUGGGGGUCGUUCGGGGUGACACUUGCACUGGUGCUCUGCUACAUCCUGGUGUUCAUGUUUGGAUUUAUAGGGAACAUCCUCCUCAUCUGCAUCAUAGCACGACAGAGGGACCAGCGCAAUGUGACCAGCAUAUUCAUCGCCAAUCUGUCCAUCUCUGAUAUCUUGAUAUGUGUCUUCUGCCUGCCCUUCACAUUGGCCUCCACACUAAUGGACCACUGGGUGUUUGGGGCAGUGCUGUGUCGGCUCACGCCCUUUGUGCAGUGCAUGUCUGUCACAGCCUCCGUGUUAUCCCUGGUGCUCAUUGCUCUGGAGCGCCACCAGCUGGUCCUGCACCCAUCAGGCUGGAAGCCAAGCCCUGCCCAGGCCCGCUGUGCUCUGCUGGGGAUUUGGCUGCUUGCUGCCUUCACCUCUCUGCCCUUCCUGGUAUUCCAACUUCUGACCAGUGAACCAUACAGUGACCUGCCGCCCCCCCACAGCCAGCUGCAGGCCUGCCAGGAGGUGUGGCCGUCGGCAGGGCAUAGACGCGCCUACAGCACCACCAUGCUGCUGUUCCAGUACUGCGGGCCUCUGCUGCUAAUGGUGCUAUGCUACGUGCGUAUCUUUCUGCGUCUGCGAUGGCGUAUGCUAGAGCGGAAGAACAGCCAGAGGCGCACAGACGAGCACAAACGCCUCACACACAGCAAGCACAUCAGCGCCAUGCUGCUCACCCUGGUUAUGGCAUUUGCAGUGUGCUGGAUGCCUCUGAAUGUAUAUAACAUGGUAGCAGACUGGCAUGAGGAGGGACUGCCUAUCUGCCAGCACGACCUGCUGUUCUUGCUCUGUCACGUGCUGGCCAUGAGCUCCACCUGUGUAAAUCCUAUCAUCUAUGGCUUCCUCAACUUCAACUUCCGCAGUGAGGUGUGCUCCAUGUUCCAGCUCUGCUGCUGUCAUGAAGUAGAGGGCAACUAUGAGAACUUCCCUCUUUCCAUCAUAAACACUGACAGGUUGCACAUAUCUCUGAAGCUCAGUGGUAGGAACCACUCCAUCUCCAACAGGGCUAAAGUAACACAAUAUCGCAACACAACAAACUAUAGUUCAACAUUGACAACAACCCAAACUAGUUUUACUUAG